CGCCCAGUACUGUGCGUUACAUCCGGGUCUUUGUUGGUUGGCAGCAGUGAAGAUGGCGGCGUCAGGGAGGAGUACAUUAUUAUCCUCCAACAACAGUGGACUAAACAGCACAGCCGAACAACCAAACACUGAAGACGAAGAUGGACAGGAUUUAUGGUCUGCUAUUCUGAGCGAAGUAUCGACUCACUCCAGAUCUAAACUACCGUCCGGGAAAAAUGUGCUGGUCAUGGGGGAGGUGGGUUCGGGGAAGACCACCCUGGUUGCUAAACUACAGGGUGUGGAGGACUUCCUGAAGGGGCGUGGCCUGGAAUACCUCUACUUUAGUGUCCAUGACGACGACAUUGACGACCAAACCAGGUGUAAUGCCUGGGUGUUAGAUGGGGAUCUGUACCAUAAAGGUCUGCAGUCUGUUGCUGUGCAACGAGAGGCGCUUGGUGACUCGUUGCUAUUGAUUACUGUGGACCUGUCGCGGCCGUGGGUCGCCAUGGAAUCGCUUCAGAAGUGGGCGGCUGUCGCUAGGGAACAUAUCGACAAGCUCCGGGUCCCCCCGGAAACACUGAGGGAGCUGGAGAACAGAAUGGCAAGACAGUUCCAGGAGUAUGUGGAUCCUGGCUGGGAGGAGAGCGCCCCCCAGAGGAGGAGUGAGGAGGAGGAGAACGUUCUGCUGCCGCUCGGCGAAAACACUCUCACACACAACCUGGGACUACCCAUGGUGGUGGUCUGCACUAAGUGCGAUGCCAUCAGUACGUUGGAGAAGGAGUAUGACUACAAAGACGAACACCUGGACUUCAUCCAGUCAUACAUCAGACGCUUCUGUCUACAGUACGGGGCAUCUCUGCUGUAUACGUCGGUUAAGGAAAUGAAGAAUGUGGAUGUUCUGUAUAAAUACCUGGUUCACAGACUUUACGGUUUCCCCUUCCACUACCCUGCUCAACUGGUGGAGAAAGACACAGUCUUCAUUCCGUCAGGGUGGGAUAAUGAAAAUAAGAUAUCUAUCCUCCAUGAGAACUUCCAAACGCUGAAACUAGACGACAUCUUUGAGGAGGUCAUCGUCAAACCGCCUGUCAGAAAGUUUGUUCAUGAGAAGGAGAUUCAGGCUGAAGAUGACCAGGUGUUUCUCCUCAAGCUGCAGUCGCUGCUCUCCAAACAACCUCCUGCAUCUGCCGGACGACCAGGGGAGUCCAGCAGUAGUAGAGGUCCCAGUGGUUCUCCCAGGACCAGUAAUCGUUCAGCUGCAGCCAACGUAGCUAACACCAUGCCCCAAUCAGCAGGUCAGACCAGUGAGGGGGUGCUGGCUAACUUCUUCAACAGUCUUCUGACCAAGAAGGCCGGAGCAUCGCCGCCGGGUAACAGCACACCAGGGACUGUUCGCAAGUCAGGUUCUAAGCUGGGUCUGAGUGAUGUCCAGGCAGAGUUGGACAGGAUCAGCUGCAGAGAGAAUGAUGAGACCAACAACAGCAACACUAACAACCCUAACCCCAGUACUGAGACCAACGAAGAACAGACAUGAACAGACCACCUCCCUCUUCCCCCCCAGACCAUACGUGAAGAGAACAAACCUCACCCUCCACCCCCCCAGACAUACCCCAGACCAGACCACAUGAAAAAUCCACCUCCCCUACCUUACCCCCUCCUCACACCCCCAGGCCAUACAUGAAGAGACCAGACCUCACCCUCCUCCCAUUCUCACCUCUCCUGACCUCCCCUCCUCACCCCCCAGUGAGACCACCACAUACCAGACAUGAAGACACGUCAGCCCUACCUCGUUCCCCAGACCAUACAUGGAGACCAGACCUCACCCCAACUGGCCAGAACAGAUUAGAUAUGAAGACCUUCUUCAGGACUGAGAGGGAGGGGGGAGGAAGAAGAGAGAGGGAGAGUGGGAGCAGGAGGGGGAGAGAGGGAGCAGGAGGCAGCGAGUAUGGGAAUGGGAGGGAGGGAGGAAUGGGAGGCAGGGAGGGAGGGAGGACGGACGACAGGGAGGAAAAAUAUAUAUUCCCCUUUCACCAGAUGAGGUAUUUAGGGCAAUCUUGAUACUGUAGGAUAUAUUGAAGGAUGUAUGUAUAUAGUUGACUGAGAUACUGUAGGAAUUGUGUGUGUGUGUGUGUGCGCGCAUGCGCAGGUAGGGAUGGAGAAUGUUAGACAGAGCCAUGUAAAAGAGAGAGUUUGGCCCUUGAGGUUUCAACCAAAAAGCAGCAAUCUUCUGAGAUGUCGCAUAACUCUUAUGGCAGACAUAUUGACAGAAUCAUAAACCAAGUUCACUAGUAUAACUGACAGAAUCAUAAACCAAGUUCACUAGAAUAACUGACAGAAUCAUAAACCAAGUUCACUAGAAUAACUGACAGAAUCAUAAACCAAGUUCACUAGAAUAACUGACAGAAUCAUACACCAAGUUCACUAGAAUAACUGACAGAAUCAUACACCAAGUUCACUAGAAUAACUGACAGAAUCAUAAACCAAGUUCACUAGAAUAACUAACAUAACUGAGAGAAUCAUAAACCAAGUUCACUAGAAUAACUGACAGAAUCAUAAACCAAGUUCACUAGAAUAACUGACAGAAUCAUAAACCAAGUUCACUAGAAUAACUGACAGAAUCAUACACCAAGUUCACUAGUAUAACUGACAGAAUCAUAAACCAAGUUCACUAGAAUAACUGACAGAAUCAUAAACCAAGUUCACUAGAAUAACUGACAGAAUCAUAAACCAAGUUCACUAGAAUAACUGACAGAAUCAUAAACCAAGUUCACUAGAAUAACUGACAGAAUCAUAAACCAAGUUCACUAGAAUAACUGACAGAAUCAUAAACCAAGUUCACUAGAAUAACUGACAGAAUCAUAAACCAAGUUCACUAGAAUAACUGACAGAAUCAUAAACCAAGUUCACUAGAAUAACUGACAGAAUCAUAAACCAAGUUCACUAGUAUAACUGACAGAAUCAUAAACCAAGUUCACUAGAAUAACUGACAGAAUCAUAAACCAAGUUCACUAGUAUAACUGACAGAAUCAUAAACCAAGUUCACUAGAAUAACUGACAGAAUCAUACACCAAGUUCACUAGUAUAACUGACAGAAUCAUAAACCAAGUUCACUAGAAUAACUGACAGAAUCAUAAACCAAGUUCACUAGAAUAACUGACAGAAUCAUAAACCAAGUUCACUAGAAUAACUGACAGAAUCAUAAACCAAGUUCACUAGAAUAACUGACAGAAUCAUACACCAAGUUCACUAGAAUAACUGACAGAAUCAUAAACCAAGUUCACUAGAAUAACUGACAGAAUCAUAAACCAAGUUCACUAGAAUAACUGACAGAAUCAUAAACCAAGUUCACUAGAAUAACUGACAGAAUCAUAAACCAAGUUCACUAGAAUAACUGACAGAAUCAUAAACCAAGUUCACUAGUAUAACUGACAGAAUCAUAAACCAAGUUCACUAGUAUAACUGACAGAAUCAUAAACCAAGUUCACUAGAAUAACUGACAGAAUCAUAAACCAAGUUCACUAGAAUAACUGACAGAAUCAUAAACCAAGUUCACUAGAAUAACUGACAGAAUCAUAAACCAAGUUCACUAGAAUAACUGACAGAAUCAUAAACCAAGUUCACUAGAAUAACUGACAGAAUCAUAAACCAAGUUCACUAGAAUAACUGACAGAAUCAUAAACCAAGUUCACUAGAAUAACUGACAGAAUCAUAAACCAAGUUCACUAGAAUAACUGACAGAAUCAUAAACCAAGUUCACUAGUAUAACUGACAGAAUCAUAAACCAAGUUCACUAGUAUAACUGACAGAAUCAUACACCAAGUUCACUAGUAUAACUGACAGAAUCAUAAACCAAGUUCACUAGAAUAACUGACAGAAUCAUAAACCAAGUUCACUAGAAUAACUGACAGAAUCAUAAACCAAGUUCACUAGAAUAACUGACAGAAUCAUAAACCAAGUUCACUAGAAUAACUGACAGAAUCAUAAACCAAGUUCACUAGAAUAACUGACAGAAUCAUAAACCAAGUUCACUAGAAUAACUGACAGAAUCAUAAACCAAGUUCACUAGAAUAACUGACAGAAUCAUAAACCAAGUUCACUAGAAUAACUGACAGAAUCAUAAACCAAGUUCACUAGUAUAACUGACAGAAUCAUAAACCAAGUUCACUAGAAUAACUAACAUAACUGAGAGAAUCAUAAACCAAGUAUUAGAACUAUAAUCAAAGUCCUUAUGGAAGGAUGAAUGGAAGGUUCAUCCACUGAGGCAGGCAACAAUAUGGCUUCCGGCCGGCUCUGAAGUGGGCCAAACUCUCUGUGACUGCUUUUAGAUGUAGAUAUAGAUGGGGAGGGGGUAGUUGAGCUUUAUUUGUACAGUUAGGAGAAGCACUAAUGGUUUAUAACCCAAUAGUUAAUACAAGGAGGGAGGGAUGGCCGGGGGCACCUGGAAAGUGUACAGUCCCUUUGUCUUGCUGUAAUCUGAUUGGUCUGUUAUUUCAGAACUGUAACCUGAUUGGUAUGUUAUUUCAUUGUUCUGUGGUGGCAUUUGUAUCAUCAGGUCUAUAAUGAGUCAAAUAAAGGUGUAUUUAUUCUGA